AGAGGUUAAAGGGUGAGUCAGGUUUUGUUAGUGGGAUGGCCGCCUACUAUGGGAAUGAGGCUAUGCCGGGCAACCUUUAGCAGCCGGAGGAUGGAUGGGCUGCGCUGGGCUUUCGGCUGUGGUUCCUGGCAGCCGAGUCGCUGCGAGUGGUUACUGGCGGCUCGGUGUGUGCAAGCCGAGGAGAGAGAGCGAAUCGGCGCAUUUGUCUUUGCGAGAGACGCCAAGGCCGCUAUGGGUGGACGUCUUCUAAUCAGGAAAUUAAUUGCUGAAAAACUGAAGAUUCCUUGGAAUGAAAUUCAGUUGCAAAGGACAACAAAAGGAAAGCCAUUUCUGGCAAAUCCUGUUCUUACCACAAUCCCAAAUUUUAAUUUCAACAUCUCACACCAAGGGGAUUACACUGUUCUGGCAGCUGAACCCAAUCGGCAGGUUGGUGUAGAUAUCAUGAAGACUAAUUUUCCAGGCACCAGCUCUGUUACCGAGUUUUUCCGAAUUAUGAACAGACAAUUCACAGACCAUGAAUGGAAAACAAUCAAUAUGGCAGGUGAUGAAUGGGCACAACUAGACAUGUUUUACAGACAUUGGGCUUUGAAAGAAAGCUUUUUAAAGGCAAUAGGUGUUGGAGUAGGAUUUAAUCUACAGAGAAUUGAGUUCCAUGCAUCACCAUUACAGAUGCGAGUAGGGCAGGUCUCCAAGGAAACAAUAAUGUUUUUGGAUGGUGACCAGGAAGAAGCAUGGGCAUUUGAGGAAACUAUGCUGGAUGAUAACCAUCAUGUUGCUGUUGCACUUAGCAAACCAGACAUUGUUGGCAAAUACCCUGUACAGCUACAAGAGAACAUUAAUCAGGAACAAUCCCAGUUCACAAUUUUGGCGUUUAAGGAUCUAAUCUCUUCAGCUAUAGCUAUGGCACCAGAGGAUCCGAUGUACUGGGAGAACUUUCAAGCCAAGCAAGAAAAAACAAGUCGCCAACAUAGGGUGCCUGUAUGACAUUAUUACUGCAAGGAGCAAAACUGUCGACAGUGAAUCUUGGGUACUUUAAUCACAGAACAUGGACAAAUGAAGGAAACAAUGCACACUAUAAAUCAACUCUUUCCAUUUCCUCGGAGAGAGAACUUCUCUUAAGCAUUGUACAGAAUGAUUGAUGUGCACUUUGGUUUUGGAUUGGUGAUUUAUGGCAAUGAGUGUAACAUUGCCAUAUUGAUGACUUUAUUUUUUUUAAUGUGUUUUUGCAGUCCAAAAUAAAAAUUGUCAGUGUAACAACUGAAUGGA